AUGAGUCUCAGAACAUUGCGUCAAAGACUGUGCACGGCCACAUUUCUAACAAUAACCUUCCCAUUUUGGUUCCCUCCCUACCAUCAGCAUGCCCUGAAUAGAGGCGUUCAACCGCCAUUGCACCCCAGUCGUCAUGAACCAUCGCCUCGGGAGAUCGCCGCAAACUCAACUUUGGGGUUUGAGAAGAUUCUGGCGGUGCCACUGAAGCCCAGUUGGCGGACUCGUGGUCUCAUAGCCGCCGCGGAACUGACAGGACUCAGCAUAGAGGUUCCUGAGCAGCCCUAUAACACAGACGAUCUAAUUCGCGCGUUCGAGGGCAUCGACAAUACCCAUCUGCAACAGGGCAUCCAUCUACGGCAUGGAUCUGCAAGGGCAUGGCUGGCGCAUCUUGACGUGAUGAAGUACAUCGUCGCUUCCGGUAUCUCGAGCGCAUUUAUCAUCGAAGAUAAUAUCGACUGGGACACCGAUAUCAAAACUUCAUUGAAGUUGGUUUCUGGCACCGUGAGGAAGUUCAUGCAGACUCCAAUUGCCAGCGCCAGUCCGUCCGGAUACGGAUGGGAUGUGGUGUGA